CCGGCCGCGCGCCAGUAUACAGAGAAUAGGCGAGGGGUGCACAUCGUCUGCGUGUUCUUGCCGGCAAACCCGUGCUUUUAAGGAUUUUUGAAAGAAAAAGAAACCAAACAAAAUGAGACGAGGAACGAUGUUGAUUCCAAAAUUAUUCUCUCACUGGUGGGAGACUUUGGAACGACCACAUCGGUUGGUUAAUCAACAUUUUGGUAGACAGUUGCGACCGGAUCAGUUCAUCGAGUCCUUCUUCGAGAGAUCGUCGCCGUUUCGUAUGUUCCCGUAUUCCUAUGCGUUCCAACCUUUGUUAGAAUUGGAACGUGAAGAAAAGGCUGCUGGAUGGUCGGUAUUAAAAGACGACAAAGACAAAUUUCGAAUAAUACUCGACGUGCAACAGUUUAAACCCGAAGAGGUUAACGUGAAGGUUGUUGACAAUUAUAUUGUCGUAGAAGGAAGACACGAAGAGAAGCAAGAUGAUCACGGUAUGAUUUCGAGGCACUUCGUGAGGAAGUACCUGGUACCGGAACAAUGCGAUCCUGAAAAGGCAACGAGUAGUUUGUCUUCGGAUGGUGUUUUAACGAUAGUAGCACCAAGGAAACCAGAAGCCAUUGAAAAUAAAAAAGAGAAAAUUAUCAAAAUAGAGAAAACAGGGAAAUUGUCAGAGGAACAGGAACAGGAACAGCAGGAACCUCAGAAAUUAAAACAAAGCGCAUAGAAAUUAGUUGUGUGCGUCUUAUUUAUGUAAUUUAGUAUUUUCACCUGUUUUUCUCGUGUUCCUUUAUAGUGUAUGUAGACAUAGUGUACGUCUAUGGAUAAUUUUUAUAUUUUUAAGUUUUGAACAAUGAAUUUGUACGAAUUAAAUAAAAUACGUCGUA